CACCACUGCUCCCCUCCCAGUGAUCGAGCAGCAGCGACGCGGCAUCACAACAUCGCUUCAUCGCCCUUGAAGGCAUUCAAUCGGAUCUUGGACCCUUUCGACUCGCAUCCUCCUCCUCCUCCCCCUCUCCACACGAGAUCGCAAUCAUGGCCACAAGGAAGAAGGUGCUGCUCAAGGUCAUCAUCCUUGGUGACUCUGGCGUCGGCAAGACCUCGUUGAUGAACCAAUACGUCAACAAGCGCUUCUCCUCGUCGUACAAGGCUACUAUCGGCGCCGACUUCCUCACUCGCGAAGUCGUAGUUGAUGACCGUCUCGUCACAAUGCAGCUCUGGGACACGGCCGGACAAGAGCGCUUCCAAUCUCUCGGUGUAGCCUUCUACCGCGGUGCAGACUGCUGCGUUCUCGUCUACGAUGUCAACUCAGCCAAGUCAUUCGACACCCUCGACUCGUGGCGCGACGAGUUCCUCAUCCAAGCCUCGCCGCACGACCCCGACAACUUCCCAUUCGUCGUCCUCGGCAACAAGAUCGACGUCGAAGAGUCAAAGCGCAUGGUCUCGCAGAAGCGUGCGAUGAAUUGGUGUCAGUCCAAGGGCAACCUCCCCUACUUCGAGACGUCCUCCAAGGAGAACAUCAACGUCGAGCAGGCAUUCCAGACCAUCGCCAAGAAUGCCCUCGCGCAGGAGGCCGAGCAGGAGCUGUAUGCCGACUACCCCGAUCCGAUCAGGAUCGAUGCGGAUAAUGCUCAGAGCGGGUGUAGCUGUUAGUGCGGCGGUCAGCACCGGGGGAGGGGCGCUGUCCCUCGUUCUUGUCUUGGUCUCCUUGAUUCUCCCUCGUCGAUCCUUGUCUAUUCGUCUCUCAUCUCUUUUUGUUGCCUCGAUGCGCGGAAAACCACACUCAUUACCAUCUCAUCGUGUUCGAUUGUAGCUCAUUGU